AUGAUACUCAUUACUGCCUGUGUAACUUCCCUUCUCUAUCCUGUCGCACUCGCCAUCUAUCGCCUCUUCUUCCACCCUCUGCGGAAUUUCCCCGGUUCCAAACUAGCAGCAGCCACACGGCUUCACGAGUUUUACUACAAUGUUGUCAAAGAUGGCCAAUUUGUAUGGGAGAUUGAGCGUAUGCAUCAGAAAUACGGCCCAAUCAUCCGCAUCAACCCUGACGAGCUCCAUAUCAAUGACCCGUUCUUCUACAAUGAAAUAUACGCAGCCCCCUCCAGCAGGCGCGAAAAGUACCACGAAUUCUCCAAAGGAAUCGUUCUGCCGCUGUCAAUAGUCACGACAAUCGACCAUGACCUUCACACUUUGCGGAGGAAAGCUCUCUCCAACUUUUUCUCCAGACAAUCCAUCCGGCGCAUGGAGCCUCUAAUCCAGGACAAGGUGGUCCAACUGAUACAGAAGCUUGCAGAUGCCCACAAGGAAGGCCAUGAGGCGGAUCUGAGCCUGAUCUUCUAUGCACUGACGAUCGAUACCAUCUCCCACUAUGCGUAUGGUACGAACUACCAAACCCUGGACAAGACGGACUACGAGAAACAGAUCCGCGAGGCUCUCAUCACCGGGACAUCCAUGUUUCACCUGAUGCGGUUCCUCCCCAUUGAUACAUUGUGGGUGACGAAGGUGCCCCAGGGUCUUCUCGAGUGGAUAUCCCCCGCCGCAGCGUUCGUGAUGGCUUUCAAGAAGAACAUCCGUGCUCAGGCGAUUGAAGCGUUGGGUGGUGUGAAGAAGCCGGACACCGAGACUGUCUUCACGGCCCUGAUGAGCCCUGAGCUCCCUGGGGCGGAGAGAUGCGUAGAACGUCUGGAGGAUGAGGGAUCUGUGCUUCUUCAGGCUGGAAGCGAGACGACGGGACAGGCUUUGAGCGUGACAAUCUUCUAUAUCCUUCGGGAUCGAGAGAUCCUGUGUCGGGCCAAGAAAGAACUGACGGGGGUGAUGCCCACGCCGGAGAGUCGGCCUACCGUGGCGGAGCUGCAGUCGCUGCCUUACUUUAGCGCCGUGAUCAACGAAGGCUUCCGCCUGUCUUUCGGCAUGCUAUCGCGUCUUCCGCGCGUGGCGCCAAACGAAGUCCUGAGGUACAAGGAGUGGGAUAUCCCGGCGGGGACACCCGUCAGCGAAUCCAACCACCUCAUCCACACCAACCCGGAUCUCUUCCCCAACCCGCGCUCGUUUGAUCCGGAGCGAUGGAUCCGAGCCGGCGAUGGACGGAAGUAUCUGGAAUCGAUGCUGACAAACUUCAGCAAGGGGCGUCGACAGUGCUUGGGUAUAUACCUGGCACAGGCAGAGGUGUAUAUUACCAUCGCGCAUCUGGUCCGCUGGGUGGAUAUGCGGCUGCUGGAUAGUCGGUUGGAGUGCAUUGAGCCGUGGCGCGAUCGACUGAUUAUUCUUCCCAAGGCGGGACAUUAUAGUGUUAAGGUGGUGGUGGAUGGGGUGGAGAUGUGAUCUGCCUAUCCGAGUGUAAACAUCUGGGGUUGAUAUU